UUCUGCAAGAUUUAAGGUCUUCUGGCCUGCUGGCGUGUUCGUAUUAAGUGCGUGCUUGCAUCCACAUUAUUUUAUUCCAGACAUUCAUGUUCAUGCACCCUGAUGUGUAUCUGCCGAUUCUGCAUUUGCUGUAUUAGCAGGGUGCACGGCAAAGUCUCAGACAGAAGAAAACUACAAGACUUAUCUCUGUCACACAGCUUCUGGCCGAGCCAUCUGACUGCUGGUUUAUCUGCUCUGAUGCACACCCUCUCACUGGGAAAGUGUCACUCCGCCCCCUCCUCCACCUCCUCAUUCCUGCUGACUCCCUGCUCGCUGUCCUCUCUCGCCUCGUCGUCUUACCCCUGUCUGGAUGCCAGUAGCUGCUAGUCAUGGAGGAUGCAACAGUCACACACGAUGCAGAACCGUUAGUAACCAUACCUUUAACAUCAGCAUCAGAGGAAGAAGGGGAAAAAGUGGGGGUGUUCACCGCACCUUCAACAUCUGUAUUACAAGAGCAAGAAGGGGAAAAACUGGGGGUUUCCAGCGUACCUUCAGCAUCAGCAUCAGAAGAGGAAGAAGGGGAAGAAGUGGGGGUGCUCACCACAGACUCAGCAAUAGCAUUUCAAGCGAAGGAAGUGGGGCGGGUCACCACAGGAAAUGAAGAUAAUUGGGGGUCAAACAAAGCCCCUGCUGCGUUGGAACCAGUAGUGACGCAGCCCGGCCUUGGCAUCACCAAAACCACCAUCACCACCAUCACGCAGACUGGAGGGGACUGGAGCACUGGCCUGCUUGAUGUCUGCAGAGACAAGACGACAUGUAAUGUAGACACACAGCCAGAUACUGUAUUCCUAUGUAUUCUCGGGGCUCUCGUGCCGUGCUGUUUAGACCUGAGUUUAGCUCACCAAUACGGGGAGUGUCUGUGCAUGCCUCUACUACCAGGAUCCACUUUUGCCAUACGAGUUGGGAUCAGAGAGCGCUACAAGAUACGGGGAAGUGUGUGUGAGGACUGGACUACAGUGUAUUGCUGUUACCCUCUGGCUGUAUGUCAGAUGAUAAGAGAAAUGAAGCGGAGGAUGAAGACUCAGACAUAUCAUGUGUCUACUACACUCGAAUGCUCCUAAAGAAACAGCGAAUGAGAUCUUUUUUUUUCUUUUUUUCAAUUUAUCAUAAAUGUGUGAAGACCAGCAGAGAUUACUGGUAUGAACAAUAGGAUGAAUCAUUACUCUGAGGUUUGAACUUGCCUCUGAGGGCUUCUUGAAUAAUAAAAAACAAGCCUGUGAUACAAAUACUUAAAAGUGAUAGAAAAGGGAAAACUUAAAGUAAUGGCAUAAACUGUGUUAAAGGUACAGCUGUAAGACGUGAACCAACAGAGAUGAGUUUCUUGCCUUUGUUCAAUUGCAGAUAUUUUUAAAUGUAGUUAGUUCAAAGAUCAUUAAAAGCUAUUAAAUCUGGAUUAAUGCAUAUAGAAUAUUGCAGAGCAGUUUUUUUAUGAAGGUAUUGGUCUGAUUAAUUAUAUUUGAAAGAUCAGCUUAACCAACUUUUUACUGCAGCAUUAAAUUCCAGCACUUAUAACUCUUAACUUAUCUAUAAUUUUGGUUUUAGAAACAGCCUGGGUUAACUUAUGUGACUGAGGUAACUGCGUGCCAUUUUACAUAAUGAAAAAUUAGAAAGACUCAAGUAAGUUUAGCUUAUUACAAUGCCUGUAACCGACACCACUGAAGCCGCUAUUCUUCCUGGGGUGCAGAAUAAAAUGUUAUAUUGUGACAAUACAUCAUGACACCUUGCAUCACACAGACACAUUUAAAAAAAUCAAUAACUAAAACACACACAGACACAAGAUGAGCUCCUUACAGUUAAAAAAAAGGUUGUGUGAUCGCAUAAGGAAUUUGUACUUAAUAUUGGGGAAACUUUAAUAAUGGAGAA